AUGAUAAAAUAAUAAAAUAUAUAGCUAUUAUUCCCUAAUUUAGAAGAAUGGCAUUAUGAAUAACUAUCAGAGGUGUAUCAUAGCUCAAUUCUACAAGAAUAUCACAUGCUAAUUUAACAAAUUAAAACUAAAUUUCCUAUACCUAAUCACAUAAAUGACUAUGAAUUUCCAACUCAAGACAAUGCUGUUGAAUUUUUUAAAAACUACAAACCAAUAAUUCUUGAUUUGAAUUAGAUUAAAGAUAUCAAAAUCAAACUCUAUAAAAAUGCCGCAUUUUUUGGGGGUAUUGUUGACGGUAUUAGAUAAGGAGAAGGUAUUUUAAUAAAAUAGACAUUAUAAUUAUAUGAAGGGGCUUUUGAAAGGGAUAAAAAGGAAGGAAUAGGGUUUGAAGUACUCAAAAAUAAUUAGUAUUAUUAUGGGAACUAUGUAAAUGGGUUGCCUUAAGGUGAGGGAGUGUUUUGGUCAAGAACUUUUAAAUAUAUAGGUUAAUGGCAUUAGGGGAAAAAAGUAAUGAUUUAUAAUUAAUUUAUUAGCAUGGGAUUGGAUGGUAUUAAGGGAUACAUUCAGAUUAUUAUUUGGGAUAAUGGCAGAAUGGAAGAUGUUUAGGAUUCUGUUUACAUGUAAAUGGAUGCAUGUAUAUCAAUAUAUAAUUAAUAGAUAUGUCGGUGAGGUAAUCAAUGAUUUGAAACAUGGGAUUGGUAAGGAGUAUUUGGAGAAUGGUGAUUGUUACAGUGGUGAGUAUAGAAAUGGUAAGCCUAAUGGAAAAGGUAAGUAUUAUUGGAGUAAUGGAAAUUAUUAUGAAGGAGAUUUUGAGAAUGGAUUGAGGAAUGGAUAUGGAAUUUGGUAAAGUUAGACAAAGAAUGGAAUGAAUUGUUACAAAGGAUAUUAUGCAAAUGAUAAAAAAUGUGGUGAAGGCAUUUUUGAAUAUGCAAAUGGAACAAUAUAUACAGGGAAUUUUUUGGAAGAUAAAAGAUGUGGGUAUGGAUAGAUUAUAUGGACUGAUAAAGCUAUUUAUAAAGGAUAUUGGAGAGAUGGUUUAAUGGAUGGGGAAGGAGAAUAUUAGUAUGAUUAGUUGAUUUUGAAAGGGAAUUGGAAAUAGAAUUAGUUAUAAUCUUUUGAUAAGGUUAGGGUUUCAUUGAAUGAAUUUCCUUAGAAGCAUUUAGUUAAAGAAGUUAUAGAUAAUUAAGAAAUUUAAUCUAGAAUAGCAGAAGAACCAGAUUUGGAUGAGAUUGGAGAUCAAUUUUAAAAGGAUAUUUUUGGUUUGAAAGCAGAGACUGCAACUCAAAAUAUAUCUCAUAAUACUAGUCAUCAUGAUAUGUAAUUUAAUGUAAAGUAACCUAUACUUUAAAAAUAAUUUGAUUUGUUGAGUCUUUUAGAUUAAGGACUAUAAAUUUAAUCUUUAGAAAAUUCAUUCAGAUAGCAUAGUUCAAAUGUUGGAAUAUAAACUGAAUCUAAAAAAUAAUUCUUACCUAAAUUAAACAUUAAUAAGAAACAUUCGACACAAUACAAUAUAAAUCACUCAUUCCAAGAGUAAAGUAAUAGAAAUACUACUCAUUUUUAAAAUAUUGGAUUAUCAGGAUCUCCUAAGAGGAAGGAUAAUAAUGACAGUUUUAAUAAUACAGAGAGAAUGAAAGGAUAUGUUUAGAAGAAGUCAAAUGGAUCAGUUUAAUGUAGAAGUAAAAGAAAUAAAGAAGUUUUAUUAUCAAAAAAGGAGUAAAAUUUAUGGGCUAUCAAAAUGAAUAAACUAAAAUUAAGUCCAAAAAAAUAUUCUAAGCUUUGGAAUCAAGAAGUAAAUUAUUAUAUUAAAUAAGGUUGUUAAUUAAAUUAAAUCAUUUCUUUACCCUCCAGUUUGGAAACCUCCAUCUCAUAUAUCUUGA